AUGUCUAAAGACACGCAUGAUGAUGAACUGCCGAGCUACGAGGACGUAAUCAAGGAAGAGGAGAGAUUGCAAUCUCAACCGCCACGACCACCAAGACCAGCAGCUAACUUGGCGCAAGGGCACCAAUCAAGACCCCACCAAAGGCCCUCGACAAUGCCAGCAACGUCCUCAUCCCAAACAUAUGCUCACUCACACUCUUAUACGCCUACAAGUUCCCAACCACGGCCUCCACCGAGGCCACAACAGAAUCCUAGCUUGCCCUGGACAUACCCUCCCAGGUUUUACUGUUCCAAGUGUGGAAAUACGGGUUACAAGUUGAAGAAUGGACGAUCUUGCAAGUCGUGUUGGAGGAGGUUUGCACCUCAAAAUAACGUUGUUUCUGCACCGACAUAUUACACAAACUAUACAAUGCCCGUGUACACCAACGCAUGGCAGGGUAAUAGGCCCUUGUACGUUCAACCAGGGGAUCCUCGCCUGGGUGGCGUGCUAUGUGGUGAAUGCAGAGGGUCCGGACGCACCAGAUUCCUGUUGGACGAAGAUAUAUGUCCUCUUUGUCAUGGUGUAGGCAGAAUUAUCACCCAGCCUCAACGCUAUUAG